GGAGUUCCACGCUCACUGGAGUUCCUAGCUGUGACAAGCUGCCUGUAAUCUCACGGUACCGGCGUCUCAAUGAAGGUGAGGGAGGCGCCUCCUGGUUCUCUGUUCACCUGAGGCCCCUGCACCUCAGUGUUGUUGUUAACACACACAUUCACCUCCGGCCCGCGACCGAGAGAGGACAAACAAACAAAAAAACACCCAGAGACAAGGAUGAAGGGGUCUCCAGUUUUGUCCCUCCUCCUCCUCUGCAUCUGCUCGUUGUACUUCGUGGGCCUUUACCUGUUUAUGGGCGGGUUCCUGCUGGUGAGGCUGGAGGUGAACCGGACCAGCACCUGUGGUGACGUGCUGCAGCCCGGGCAGGAGCCGGUGGACUUCUGCCACGCUCGGCCGCGCUUCCGCCGUGCCGUCCUCAUCAUCAUCGACGCCCUGAAGAUCGACUUCGCUCAGUUUGACUCCAGCAACUUGGCGCCGCGACCGUACGAGAACAAGCUGCCCGUGGUAGAAGAGAUCACCUCCUCCAGACCUCUCCACAGCCGCUUGUAUCCCUUCCACGCUGACCCGCCCACCACCACCAUGCAGAGGAUCAAGGGCUUCACCACUGGAUCUUUACCCACGUUUGUGGAUGUCGGUAACAACUUUGCCUCCAGCGCCAUCCUGGAGGACAAUCUCAUCCACCAGCUGGGUCAAAUCGGAAAACGGGUUGUGUUCAUGGGCGACGACACUUGGGAAAGUCUUUUCCCGAAGAAGUUCUAUCGCUGUCUGCCCUUCCCUUCUUUCAACGUCAAGGAUCUGCACACGGUGGACAACGGCAUCCUCCAAAACCUUUACUCCACCAUGACGGGUAACGACUGGGACGUCCUGGUUGCUCAUUUUCUCGGCGUGGAUCACUGCGGGCACAGGUUCGGACCCGACCACCCGGCCAUGGCCGACAAGCUCACACAGAUGGACGGAGUCAUCAGGUCUGUGAUUGACCGUCUGCAGAACGACACUCUCUUGGUAGUGAUGGGAGAUCACGGGAUGACGGACACUGGAGAUCAUGGUGGUGAAAGUCAGAAGGAGACAGACGCCGCUCUCUUCCUCUAUAGUCCAGUGCCUUUGUUUCCAGGACCGCCAUCGAAGGAUGAGCCUGAUAUAGUUCCUCAGACGGACCUGGUGCCUUCACUGGCUCUGCUGCUGGGAAUCCCCAUCCCGUACAGCAGCGUGGGGCAGGUUCUCCUGCCACUGUUCCCUCCUCACGAUCAGGCAGAAGUUGCACCGACAGGUCCCAGCCAGCUGGAGGCGCUGUGGAUCAAUGUGAAACAGGUGAACCGUUUCCUGGAGACGUACUCCAGCAUGGCCAAAGAUAUUCCACCUCCGCGUCUCUCUCAGCUGAAGGCUGAAUUCGCCCGCCUCUCCUCCGAGUACCUGGCCACAGUGGGAGUGGGCCGGUCACCCUCUCCUCAGCUGACCGCCUCAAUGCAGGCAUACCUCACCUCCGUCAGAGAAACCUGUCGAGCCACGUGGGCUCGAUUCAACCCGCUCAAGAUGGCAGCAGGUUUAGUCAUCCUGGCCUUCGCCUGCCUGAUGUGUUACGUCCUGUCUGAGCUGUCGUUUGUGCUGAUCAGGGAGAAUGCUCGCAGACUGAAGGCCCCGGCUGUCGUGGCGCUUGCCGUGGGGGUUUGUGUGGCCGUGGGUCAGCUGCUCACACAUGGGUACAUUGAGGUAGCGUGGUGUCUCGCGGCUGCCGCCCUCAGCACCGAGCUUCUGUUCUUCUGGUCAGCUUAUCGAACCAGAACCGUUCAUGUGGCAAAAAAUGGAUCUAAACCUCCAAAGUGGACCAACUGGCUGACUCGGCGGCGUCUCCUCAUUCCUCCCAUCCUGGUUGCUUUCCUCCGCUGUGCCUCCCUGCUCUCAGAUAGCUAUGUGAUCGCUGAAGGACGGGUAGUGACCUUCCUCCUAUUGUCCUUGGUUGUCUAUACUCCCGUCCAUCUCAACUGGGAUGGUUUACUCCUACCUCCCAGCUACGACCCUCUGAAGUCUGCAGGGCUGCUGCCCUCGCCGGCCUUGUCUCCUUCCUUUGUGAAGAAAGAAAGCAGCACCCUCUUGGCCUGUGUCGGACUCCUUGUCGGCAGCCUCUACCUUUCCUUGUCGUUCCACGGCUGUCGGGAAGAGCAGGGCUACUGCCAGCCUUCGCCGUUCCUGACUCCUCUUUCGCGGUUGCAGGACAGCCAGAUGAAGAACCUCCACUACGCUCUGUCUGUCGUCUCUCUGGGCGUGUGGACGUAUCUGCUGAGACACUGGCUCCGCCAUUACGGUAACCUCAACUCCUCGGGUGGGGCGGUAUUCACGGCCCGCUGGAUUUUGCCACUGCUGUCCACGUGCCUUGGGCUCCACUGGGCUGUUAGCGCCACACCAGAGGACAGCUUCAGGAACCUUGGCGAGAUGAUCAAGCUGGCCCAGCUGCUCCUCCCCAGGGCCGCCUUCUGUCUCCUAGUGCUAGGGCUGUUCCUGAUCUGUCUAGACCCCCUCACUGUGUUCAUCAAGACCAGAGCCACAGCUUCAGCCAGAAACUCUUCCCUACCCCUGCCUCGCUAUCGAGCCAGCACCGGCAUCAGCCCGCAAGCCGAGCUGCACCACCUCAUCCCCCAGAUCUACCAGCGCAUGCGUCGUUCCCUGGACGACAGCGAGCCGAGCGUGGGCAGCGAGGUGGACAACAGGCCGGCGGUGGAGGCCUACGGGCUGGGAACUGUGUACUCUGCCCCUCUGCUGCUCUUCUGUGGCCUCUUAGCACUUGGUAUGCUGCUGCUGCACCCAGAGGGCAUGGCUCUGUCCUUCCUCCUGCUGCUGCUCGAAAUGGGAGCUCUGCUGCACAUCCACGCCUCCGCCACCACACUGCGAGGCCUACAAAGCACAUAUUCUGGUGGCUUUAACGUUCCCUGGGCUCCGAUAGUGAUGUGGUCUCUGGCUGCCACGCAGUUCUUCCACGCGACAGGUCACCUCCCCACGUUCCCCUCCAUCCAGUGGAGUGCUGCCUUUGUGGGAUUUCCUGACGGACACACAGGCACCGCAGUGCCCGCCUCACUGGUCACCCUCAACACCUUCGCCUCACACAUCCUGUUUGCAGUGAGUUGUCCUUUGCUGCUGUUCUGGCCUCUGGUGUGUGAAGCGCGUGGGAGCAGAGGAGGAAGAGCUGCCAGUGAUGAAGGAGAAGACGCUGUGAUGGAGAUGAGACUGAGAGAAAACCCCCAGCAGUUCAGCUCCGCUCUGCUGCAGCUCUCAACACGCUACCUCUUCAUCCUCGGAGCACAGGUCUUCGCCUCGGUCAGUGCGGCGGCCAUUCUCAGGAGACACCUAAUGGUGUGGAAGGUUUUUGCACCCAAGUUAAUAUUUGAAGCCUUAGGUUUCGUGUUGAGCAGCGUGUCCGUGGUGAUCGGGGUCACAUUAGUGCUGAGAGUCGACGUCGCCGUCGCACGCUGGUUUAAGAAACUCAUCCCUGACUCGUCCAGGUAGCGAUGACUAAACGUGGAAAGCAUUUGCCGUCUUUGUUCAACGGAGGGAAUUUCCACCGGAGGUCACCUGUCACUGUAACUCCUGAGGAUGUCGUGUGUUGUAUCACACCGAGCUCCGCCUCCUUUUCAUCCAGAGGGACUCAAACAAGACAUCGUAAACUGUGAGCUUGUGGACUUUUUUUAUACAGUGUUUGUUUUUUUGGAUGCUUUUUUUUGUAAAUCAUCUCACACAGGCGAAGGGAUUAAAAGGCCUUUAAGGUCCAGCGUUGUACGUGUAAAAAGGGAGAAAAAUGAAUGUUUAUCUUAAAAUCCACCGGUGAAUGAAACUUUAUGAUCCAGACAGUGACGGUGUUCACAUUGCUGCAGGUGCUGAAUACAUACAGUUUACAGCAGCUACACACCUGUCACAGCUGGAGAAGAACACCUACGUUCAAAAAAAUCUUGGUGGUUUUUUCACACGCCGCUACCGAGACUGACGUCAGGGCCGGCUCUCUGCAUUUUGCUGCCAUUUUCUUGAAACCUUUUUUCAAGUAACUCUCAGUUGGUUAGUUUUACAUCUUUAUUCUCAUUUUUUUUAUUUGAAUAAUGUAUUUAAAAUCAUUACUGUGUGAUAUUUGUGCAGAUCUGUGAGAAACAAAGAGGUUUUCUUCAGUCUGUAGAAUGUGACGUGUAUAGGUCAUGACAAUAUUUGAUCUAAAAUGGUCAUUUGACACAUUUUGGCUUUAAGAAAUAUUGUCCUCCUUUUGAUCAAAUUUCCAUUAAUUGUUUAGCCCUCACUCCUCAAACAAAGCUGCUUGUUGACGAGAAUAACACAUUAAUACACAAGUCAUAAAACACCAUACAGUAAUGGUUGUCAAAUAUGGACACUGUGAGCAAAUAGUAAUAAAAUGAAUAAAUAUAGUAAACAAACAAAGCACUGUAAUUUAAAUUAGACAAAUCUGAACAACUUCCAUCAUCCAACUUGUGGUUGUGUGACGCCCGUCCAGUAGAUGGCGCCCUAUAGGCGACCGCCUGAAUGACCUAUACCUCGAGCCGGCUCUGACAUGACCCCAAUGUGCAACAAAGUGUCCAAACUGAGCAGUUUUAAAUGUGAUGGGGAAAAGAGCAGUUACAGUCACUGAAAGUUACAUUUAAACUUUUUCCUGACAGUGAUAUAUAAAUAAUGAGCAGGUAAACGCUAAAGUGACUCUCUGCAGAAACUGAACCGACCACGUGGAGCUGCUUUAAUUUCACCUCCACUUGGCAAAAUCCAGCAUUUGCAGCACAUCAUUUAAUAAGUCUCUGCUGGAGGAAGUUUUUCAGGAUGUACUGCCAAUUUACACACUAUCAAUUACUGUGAUAAGAUUACGAAACAUUCUACUGUCUAUAGUCUUCUUUUCUUUCUUUUUUUAAUAUUUAAGUCUAAUGCUUUUUUUAUAAUCAAGAUUGUUUUGAAAUCACUGACAAGUUUUCUAAUCUCAAAUGAAACGGUUGUCUUAAUUGGGCCUCAUACACCUUGUCCCUGGAAUAGGUACCUCUUUUGUGUGUGUGUAUGUGUGUGUGUGUGUGUGUGUGUGUGUGUGUGUACUUGUCAGCCUAUCCAACAGUGGACCUCAGUGUCGUUUCACACUCACCAAUAGGGGACGUUCAUGCCAACAGGGGACAUUUUUUCAGGUCCCCUUGUUGGUCAUGCUUUACAUCAUGCUGAAAUAAUGUCUCAGAUCCUCUGGUGAUUUAUUUAUUUAUUUUAUUUUUUUUUUUUGCCAAGAGGGGACCUGCAUGUGUGUGAGUGUUAAAUAGCCUCCUCAACAAUGCCUCUACUGACUUGAGCAGGUAUUUCAACGCCUCAUUUCUUUUCUGUUUUUAUUAUUUAAAAAAAAGUCCACUGUUGGUUGGUGUGAAAGGACAGUCCUCAGUUAGCCUGGUAAACAUGUAUGUGGGUGUGUGUUUGUGAGAAUGUUGUCUGGUUCCAUUAAAACCCCAGAACCUCCAGAAACACUAAUCCGUUAAUUUAUUUCCAUGUGUUGACUGAGUCCGUCAGUCCUGGUACUGAUCCGCAGCUAAAGUCAGCAGCUAAUGUUCAUUAGCUAAUGCAUGGAAUGGAAAACAUACCUUUUUUUUUUUUUCGCACAAACAAUCUCUCGUUUGGAGAAACUGCUGUAGUUUGACGUCUGCUCUUGUGUUGACAAGGUUGUGUGAUGAAGGGGAACCUUUUUUUUUCUUUUAAAAUAUUUAAUAUAUUAAAUAACUUGAUUAAUUGAAUAAAUUCACAUUCUGUCGAAUAAUUAUAAUAAUAAUAAAAAGAACUUUUCUACGUGA